UGCCCCUCAACGCGAGAAGAAUUCCGCCCCAAUACUCUACCGGUAAUUUUCUCGUCGCGCAUUUUCUACGUACCGGCUCGGUAAUCGUUUCAUUCGACCGAUCAGGAGGAGAAUUUAAACCUUGCGGGAACACGCAGCCUCCCGGACGGGAGCCUUCCUUAAUGGGCUUCGUAAAAACCGUAACCUAAAAGAAAACAUCAAGCCGAGCUCUGUCUACUAGUACUCGUACUGACACCACUUUUCCCUUCUUCCGGUUAGCUGCCUACCUUUAGCGAGCUCGGCCCCCGUGCAAAAGCCCCCGAGUAUAGUCUAGGCGUCCUAGAGGUUGGCAGAGAGCAAGGCUUAUGAAAGGCAAUAAAAGUAGAUACCGUACUGCGCAGUAGCCGUGUGGUGUAUGUGUGGGAAUCACGCAACCUUCCACUCACCUAUUGCAAUACCGACCUUAUUUGCUAUCAUACUCGUAUUAUGGUCACUCAGCUCCCCCACGAAACGGCAGGCAUCAUCCAUCCUGAACCGGAAUAUAAAAGGACUUCCCCGCGUUUGUUUCCCCGGAUGCAUUCGUCAGAGGUUCCGCCUCUGCCCGACAACCCGGGGUCCCCACAACAAAAACAGCCCGGUCCAACUCCCGAUAUGCCACGACGGAGACCUUCAGGACGUGAUUUGGGUCCGCCUAGUCAAGCGGAAGAGAGCUCUGCCGACGAGAGGACAGCGAUUGCUGCCUCCGGUCGGACCAGGAGCUACGACGCAACUACCGGUAUCACUCGGAGAGCUCCUGCCCGAGAACCCCCUACUCAAGAGGUCUCGACUGAUAAGACACCGUGGAUGGGGUUUGGUGCCAUUGAACUGGAGAAUAAAGGUUCUGUUGCCCGGGACCAUCUGGCAUUAGGUGUGUUUUCCCCCAUCCCCCUUCACUAGCCGUUCGUUUACUGACGUCCUGGUGUUAGAACGAACAUUCCUGGCCUGGCUGAGGACAUCCCUCGGGUUUGCCUCAAUAGGUAUGAGAAAUGAUGAAGAGUUGAUGUUUCGUGCUGUGGCUAACGUCGUGCGUUCCCAACCAGGCAUUGCUAUAACGCAGCUCUUCCGUCUGAACGCCGGAGUCCAACCGGGCAGCCCUAGUAAGUUUGCCAAAACGGCGCCUAUCUUGCACCUUAGGUUCCAACUAAUGGCUUCUAAAACGCGCAUUUCAGAGGGCUAUCAGACAAUGCGCCACAUGGGGAAACCUCUCGGUGCCACCUUCAUCGGCAUAGCAAUCAUGGUUCUAUUAAUUGGCGUAAACAGGUUAGUACCUUCUUCCCUCCUGUCCUCCCCUUAAUACGCUCCCCGGGGGUAGUCCUAUUCUAACCCCACCUUGGCGUCCCAUGGCCACCUGAGCAAACAGAUACUACGAAUCCCAAGGCUGGCUUCUAAAAGGCAAAUUCCCUGCAAGCAGAGGCAGCAUCUUCCUGUUAACAUUGGUGGCAUGUCUGGUACUUUACGCCCUGCUUCCGCUAUUAAUCGUGGUAGUUGAAGAGAAGUCAGGCUAAUACCUGUUGCAUUAACCAAAUGGAAAAAGCUCAUGAUAGCGACCCUCGUUAUCGUGGUGAUAGUGCAGCCGUCGAAUUUUGAGAAAUAAUGCCCGGUAUUUGUGUUUGUAUAUGCGUGAAGGGAGAAGGGGAGUGUGAUUAGAUCCCAAAUGCUUGGUCCGUUGGUUAGUUCCUUAUAUCAUCAGGGUCCCUCUCUGCGAGGUCUCUGCGUUUCGAUUAUCCGAUGUUUCCCCCCCCCCCCAUUUUUUUCUCCCCCCUCUUUUCCGGUUCUUUGAUCAGUUUUUGUUGGUAUCCUGUAUUGAGAAAGGAGAAUGUUUACUGUAUACUACAGCCGCAUGGAGUAGGCGUAGACAGGUAUAAUAAACAGACAAAUAAAUAUUCUGCGCCUAGCAGCUCU